AUGGGAAAUGGUUACUUAGCUCAAAGAGGACAGCGGAUUCUGACAAAAACAAAUCUUCGUAACGCACUGCUCAUUGGAGUUUUAUCCAGCGUGCUGCUUGUUACAUAUUAUCUACUUCAGAGCUCUCGACGACAUCACAAGAAUGAUAUAAGCUGGAAAAUAAAUCCAUAUGUCACCGAACAAGAACCUUAUCGUCGACGUUUCUCACGUUUGCUCUCUCGCAAACGUUGCACCCAAAACGCAUUCCUAUUAAUCUUGGUGCUUUCUGCCCCUGCUAACUCGGACAGGAGAACAGUCAUUCGGAGGACAUGGGGGAAUGAUCGAUCACUCCAGAUGAGAUGGAAAACCGUGUUUCUCGUUGGUCAAGCUUUAGACAACAACAAUCAGAGUGAAAAUAUGGCCGCAGAGGGUACGAUAUACGGAGAUAUCAUACGAGGAAGUCACAUUGACCAUUAUUACAAUCUAACUCUGCAGACGCAAAUGGGUCUCGAGUGGGCGGCAGGAUAUUGCGAUUUCAGGUAUCUCCUCAAAGUGGAUGAUGAUGUAUUUGUUAACCCCUAUAACUUGUUGGACCACCUGGAAAAGCCUGACACCCAAGUAACUAACCUUUACAUGGGACGCUGUUUCUACAGCGCGCCUGUUCUACGUGUUGGCAAGCACCGAAUAACCAGAGAAGAGUACAGUGAGUCUACUUUUCCAACUUACUGCUACGGGCCAGCGUAUUUGUUAUCGUCAGAUUUAGUCCACAAAUUAGUGGAAUUAUUUGACACUUAUACCCCUUUUAGACUCGAAGAUGUUUAUAUAGGCAUGUUAAUUCGUAAAAUAGGUGGAGUUGAGGCUGUAGGUCACUCAAGCUUUCGCACUCAAGAAUCUGGUGAGCCGUGCAAACAUUUCCCAAAUAUGUUUGCUUAUCACGAAGCUUCCGUAAAGUGUGCGGAGGAAUUGUUUGAAGAAGGGAUCAAAGAGAGACUAGAGUUAGAAUUUAGCAAACUGGGCAAUGCUACAGGCUAAAAUGGUUUGAAAUAAGUAGGAAAUAACUAUUUAGUGGUGAUCUACUUAGAAGAUGACAAAGAAGAACAUUUAAACCAGGAUUUUGAUAGGAAAUUAAACCCAAUUAGGACAAGUUGUGAUAGAAGCAGCAGUAGAAGCAGCGUAAUAGAUAAUAACUUUCUAAACCAGAAUCAGUUAGAAUUUACAAAGAAUACUAUUCUAUUGGUCCAAUUGAAUGGGACCAAUCAGGGGUGCUUUUAGCUUGAAGAACGAUUCCGACACCGCGUAGAAAAAACCUCUUACGAAGAAAUAUUAUUUCUGUUAAUAGUAACAAUUGUAAUAAUAAUAAUAAUAAUACUUAUACUAUUACUACUUGUAUUAAUAAUAAUAAUAAUAAUGACGAUGAUGGUUUAGUAACAGCAUUUUCAUUACAACAUAGCUCUACAUCUGUUAGGAAAUAUAAUGCCAUAGUUUAUGUGAUGCAAAUAAGCACUAUGUUAAAAAUAAUCAAUGAAUAUUUAAAUUCUCAAAUGCGGCUUCUGUGCUUAUGCCUAUGACUGAUUUCUUCAUGUGGGUUCAAAAAACAUAACUAACAAACAAACUAAAUAAAUAAAUAAGGACUUAGAGGUAACACGUCCCCUCAGUUCAGUUGUUGUUGUUGUUGUUGUUUUUUUUUUUUCGUCUACCUGCUUUCUGGUCGAAUUGGAACUUCGAGAUGUUAGUUUUUGAGAAAAGGGGAAAUAAUAAUAAUAAUAAUGGAAUUUAUAUAGCGCUUAUACAUCGCUGUUCUACGCGCUUUACAAUGUAAAAAAGGACAAAGAAUGUCAUUAAUCACAAGCUUACAUAUAACCCUACUGUACAUAUUGGGAAAUUUAUAGCAUACACAUCUUAAAAAGAAAAGAAAGCAAAAACAAAUAUGAUGAAACUAAAUGUCAUAUACCUUUUUAAAAAGAAACGUUUUCAACUUCGAUUUAAAAAACAUUAACAUCAGAACAAGCUCGAAUUUCGAAGGGGAACUUGUUCCAUAGACAUCCGGAUUAUACAGAAAAAAAAAGACACUCUCGAAGCAAAGGAGAGAACCAGCAACAAACGUAACCCACACAUGGCGUCGAUGCCUGCAUUUUGGGGGUAGGUCACAUAUAGGUCGGAGGCGAGCGCUCUCAUCACUGCGAAAUGGAGUAAGUUAGGGUGGCGUACAUUCGAUAUGAGCAAGAAAGAUUGAUAGAAGGAAAGCUAUAAGAUGUGCUCAUAGAACCUCAGAUAGUACAAGCUGCUACUGUUCCUCACUUUUACAGGAAAGCGUCGUUACAACGAUUCGACUUUAAAGAAAAAAAGAAACAACAGGAAAUUAACAGUUGAAUUAUAUUAAGGUUCUGGAAGAGAAUUAUCGGUCUCCGGGAUUUUACCGAAGUACAUACGUGUAUAAACGCAACAUUUAUUGACUGGAUAGGGAGUUCCCAAUAGGGUUCUUCAAUCCCGUAAUUCCGACUCCACAUUUCGUGCAAUCACGUAAUCCCAAUGUUUCUUUUUUUUCGGCAUGCCACCUCCCGCGAUAGUUUCAAUCCCGAAUGUCUCCCGGAUUUUUCGUUAAAAUCCCGAAUCCCGAGAUUCAAACAAGAGAAAUCCCGGAUCCCGAAAGAUCUAUUAAACACUAUCUGGGUAGGGGAUUUUACCGGUCGGGAAACGGGACUCGGCAAAGUCUCGGCCAGGGAUGCGUUACCGAAAAAAAUAUGGUGUUUGGAAUAGAGAUGAUGAUUGUCGCAAAAAAAAAUGAAUCUGGAAUGCGGGAUCAGGUGCCUCUUUCCAGAAGCUGUAACCACCAUGCUUUCCUUUCUGUCUUGAAAUUCGGAAUCCAUGGAAAUAAGUAGUUUUGGUUUUUGCUUCUGUUUUUCUUUUCACAGGAGAAGAAGCAGCCUUCUGUACACCGUGCCGACAACAAGUGGCGCCAAAUCUGAGACAACUGAAAAAGGUACACACCGAAUUUGAAGAAAUUGAAAUCUGGGAGAACUUCUGUCAAGAGAGUGAUGUGGGUUGUAUGUUACAAGCUAAACAUUCAGCUGGCUUUUCGGUUAGUCAUCUUGUUCACUACCUCGGUCAUUACUUAUGUUUUGAUUUCUCAAGAACAAAUUCUCUACCGUACUUUUGUCGCUGACAAGGAGCUGUCCCACAAUAUUUUCAACAACAACACGCCACCAUUAACCCCAUUGAAACUGAGCACACGCAGUGCAUCCCAGGCCAAAGAGCGGGAAAGCAUUCCACAUCGAACGUAUUUGAUCUCACGCACACCAUGCACGCAAACAAUAUUCCUUUUGAUUGUGGUGGCAUCAGCCCCUGGUAAUUUUGAUACGAGAGCAGUUAUUCGAAGAACAUGGGGAAGUGAUAUGUAUCUAGAAAAACGAUGGACGACCGUGUUUUUAAUCGGCCAAGCCAAAGAUAGGAACCAGAAUGAUUAUUUGGACGCUGAAGCUGUGAUAUACGGAGACGUUAUACGAGGGAGUCACAACGAUCAUUACUACAAUCUAACCCUGAAGACACAAAUUGGUAUAGAGUGGGCAGCAAGAUACUGUGAUUUCAAAUUUCUGUUGAAAGUGGAUGAUGACGUCUUUGUGAGCCCUCGAAACCUGAUUGGCUAUCUGAAAAGGCCUGAGACCCCAAACACCAACCUUUAUAUGGGAUAUUGUUUCUACAACGCACCUGUAUACCGUUUCGGUAGAUAUGGUGUAUCCAAGGAAGAGUACAAUAAAGCUAUAUACCCAGAUUACUGCAACGGACCAGCAUAUCUGUUGUCAUCAGAUCUGGUAGACAAGCUUGCAGAAUUGCUCGACACCAAGAAUGUAUUUAAAAUGGAAGACGUUUACGUAGGAUUAUUACUAGAGAACAUAGGGGGAGUGAAAGCCACCCACCAUUCAGAAUUUCUAACUCGACGACAUUACUCAUGCUCUCACUUCCCAAAUAUGUUUGCCUAUCACAACUCGGACCACCGCUUAAAGUGCCUGGAGGAACUGUUUGAACAAGAGACAAAGAAAAUGUUUGAGUACGAACUAAAUGAACUUUCCAAAGUCAAAGCGUAG